UUGACCCAAUAUAUAAAGGCUAAACCACACGGCACACGCCACAACCCACACUAAAAAAUAUGAACAAAGCAACGCCACCACCAAAAUCUCCGCCUCUGUCUCCACUACAGGAAGCGGCGGUCCACCAAGACGACGCCACCGAUGAAGAUGAGAACGUGAAGCAGCUCAAGGAAUGCUCUGCUCUCUACUUAUCCUUACAAGAUUGUCUUGUUAAAAGCAAUAGAAAUUGGAAAUCUUGUCAAAUGGAGGUUCAAGCUUUGAAGGCAUGCAAUGAGAAAAGGAAGAACGGCAAAGGGAGGUGAAAAUUUCAUAUUGUAAGAAUGUGGAAAAUUACCUCAAUAAUCCUCUAAUUCAGAGCAAAUUUUUGGCUUUUGUUAUUGAUUUGGCUGAGAAAUGUAAUGGAUAUUGGAAAGUACUUUGCAAAAGACAUUGUUUUAAUCAGACGCCAAAUUCUUCCAGAGCAAUUUGUUCUGCUUUAUUUGGAUCAGCUUGGUGAUCAGGAUAACAAGCACACAAGCAGUUUUCUGGCACUCCCAACUUCAAAUAAUCAUUUGGAUCUGGUUUGAAGUGUGGUGGGGCUGCUGGAACUUCUCAGAAUAUAUCCAUCUCAAAGCCGAAACAGGCAAUUUCACCAUUAGAAUAACAAAGGGCAUCUCCUAGGUUUCUCCAUGAUCUUAUCCCAACAGUUUACACUUCAGCUUUUGGCCCUGAACCAGAUCCUUUGACACGAAAAGUCUGCGACACGUAGUUUUAACACUGUAGCCAAAACAGAAGGAUCUACAAUGUCUUUUGUCUUCAUGAGGCACUUCAAUGGUAAUGAAUUCACCCAAAGUUGGAUUACAAACGUAGACUGAUUCCCCUUUUUAUUUCAGAUAGGCAAACCAACCCAUUGCAAGAAUUGACAAGUUCAAACGAAGUGUUGGGUAGGUUGAACCUAGGAAUAAGCUUCAUGUUGUCAAUCAGAGAGCAGUUAAUAAUACUAGGAACCUCCAUGUUGUCAAACUAUAGUUUUCUGAUCUUGAAGAGCACAUAUUUUAUUGAUGUCAGUUAUUCUUUUACAAUAGUGUUCUUGCUUCUUAUUUUCAAAAACUUUGAUUCCGUAUCAACUGUGAGAAAUUUUUUAGAUUAUAUCAUUGUGAGAUAUCCAUGUAUAUAGUUGCAGCACUCC